AUGUUAAUGGCUACCCGAAUUUCCAAGCUUCCAUGUCAAGAAAGAUUGACCCUUGUGUACGUGAGACAAUUGCGUGAGCUUACACUCGGGAGCCUCUGGUAUUUGAGAUUUGCUCAGACCAAUGCACUGGAAUCUCAAGGCCACUGCUGCGCUUUUUCUUCCCACCAUGGCGCUUCAUUGCGUGGUACGCAUCGGGAGCACAUCUCCGCUGCGCAAUCGUUCCGUUCGUGCCGAUUAGCUUGCGGAUCCAUCGCGGAUCCUACCACAACCAUCCUCUUGGUUGUCGGGCAAUCCGAGGAGGAGGCAUAUAAGACUUGGCGUGCUGUGAUACAAGCCGCAAUGCAGGGGCAAGGGAUGAGAUGUAUAGAACCAGGAUGGUGGGACCAACACCUGCACGGCUACAUUAGAAGAGCGUUGGUCGCCUGCUCGUUGGGGAAGCCGAGCUCAGCGAGGCCGUAA